AUGGCAGUGAAAUCAAGACUCAUGCAACGUCACAUAUUACAAGAUGAUAUAUGUUCCAUCUGUGGUAACAGUGAAGAAACAAUAAACCAUGCUCUUUUUGAGUGUGAGGCUGCGAAGACAAUAUGGAACCAUUGUGAGUUUAGAUACCUGCUGUCAGAAGCCCCUACAGGCUCAUUUGGUGAAAGAUGGAACUGGCUAAGCUCUAAACUGAAGGAGUAUGAUGUGCUACGAGUGGCUGGUAUGCUAUGGGCUGCAUGGCGAUGCCAUAACAUGCGUAUAUAUGGGAAUAGCACUCCAAACCCGGUAAUGAUGGCUGCAAAUUAUUGUAAAAUGGUGGAAGAUUACCAAUACUAUGCUGAAAGGGUGUAUCAUUGCAGAGCUGGCUUAGGAGUAGUUGUUAGAGAUAAUAAUGGCUCGAUGCUGUUGACCGCAACGAAGAAAAUCACUCAACUAAGGCCUGACAUCGCCGAGGCCAUGGCAAUCAGCUAUGCAAUGUCAACCCUGCUGAGAUUUGGCUACAACAGUGCGUGGAUUGAGUCAGAUGCCCUCAACAUAGUUUCAGCUAUCACCAAAAGACAUUACGGAGCAGCACCUAUAUUCCAUAUUCUGGAAGAGAUCCGAGCUCUCUAUAAUGCUUUCAAUGUUUGUAUUUUUUCCCAUGUAAAACGCAAUAGUAAUACCGUCGCUCACCUCGUUGCUAGGGGUGACAUAGGAGAGUGUCAGGAACUCAUCCGUACUGACUCUUUUCCUGAGAGCAUUGUAAGCUUGUCUAUGUUGGACCUUUCUUCUAAUUAA